UGGGACUUCAGUCAAGCCCAUGGUAGUGGUGCUGUCGGUGUAUAACUUAGUUCCCAGCAGUGUAGUGUGUAGUGGCUUCCAGACGGGCACGGUGGGCAGCGCACCCUGUCACCAACCACUGUACCAGCAUGUCCAGGGAAACUUGGCAGGUGAAGCAGCAGGAGAUAAGCAAUGGUGUUGGGAUGCCUGGUAUAGAGGAAGAGGAAGGUGCUACAGGCGAUGACACGCGCAUAACGUCACAGGAACACUCACAUACUAAGAAGGAGGAGUGUGGAGGCAGGAGAGAGGAGCAGGCGGCUGGGACGGGCACCACCGCGGCUCCCAGGGCCUUCUCCAGGAUGCUCUGGUCCAAAAUCAUGGUGGCCUGCAAGCUCUUGUGUGUCUUGCUUACUAUCUUCAUUGUGGUUCAAAGCAGAGGGCCAUUGAUAAGAAAAGUUCCUUCUCCUCAACUAUUCUUCCCACGCCACUCACUUGUGUCUGACUUUUAUACUGGAGAUGUAGCAGGAUUGACGGAGCGACUCCUAGCAUCUGACCUUUCACUCGUUGUGUACUAUGCCCCCUGGGAUAGAGACUCACAACUUCUACGUUGGGAGAUAGAGAAAGCUGCUAGAUAUCACCAUGAACAGGUAUAUUUUGCUGCUGUUAAUUGCUGGCAUCCUGGCUCAGAGUGCAAGACCAAAUACAAGGUUCGAGCUUUCCCAGUGAUAAUCCUUCAUGUGCGGGCAGCGUCUGGUAUGGAGACGAAGGCUUUGGCAUAUGGAGGGCCCAGGGAUGCUGGUCACAUUAUCAGGUUCCUUAAAAGAGCAUUGCGUCCUCUCACUCACGUUACCAGCCAUUCUGAUCUUGCUAGACUACAGAUGGAGCAUAAUGCUGUAGUUCUGGGUUUCUAUGAUUUUGCAUCAGUAAGCCAUUUACCAAGAGGCUUCAACUCUUACCAUCUGGCUUCUCUACGUGCAUUACAAUUUGACAAGACCAAUUCGAUUGCAUGGGGUGUGGUUACAAAUAAUAGAGUUGCCACAGCUCUCUCCUUCAACGAAACCAGAUCAAUCCAUUUAGUGCUGUGGAAUACUACUUUGGUGUUUACGGCUGCUGCGUCAUCGGACAGUGAGGGUAUCAGUAGCUGGGUGAACAAGCGGCUAGAUGAGACGGCAUCCUGGCUAGAUCUACCCGGCACAAAGAGCUUGGCACUAGAUAAUGUUUUGCAGAAGGGGCCGGCCUUAAUUCUCUUCACCCCAGAUAAUCCCUACCAUGCUACAAAUGAUCCUUUCACUGUGCUACGUGAAAUCUCCUUGGACUACAAUAACUGCAACCAGUCCAGCCGUGUGUCAAACUUGGCCCGCUACUUGAGCUCGUUGAGGGCCAAGGGUCGUAGUCAGCUUCGGCAGGCAGAAAGAGUGUGCCGAAGUUAUCUUCAAAAUCAGCUGCACAUUUUGCACAUGUCAAAGCAACAGUUAAACUUUAAAGACGAGACAUGUUGUCGCAGUAUGCCCUCUAGCGAGGCACCAACUGCAACAACAGGUGAACAAAGCAAAAUGUGUGACGUAUGUGACCGUUCAACUGAUAGAUUCAGCACCCUACAACAACACUGCAUCAACCCCAUUUCAUGGGAAGAUGACACCAGCUUGCUCCAGCAUGUAAAUAACCUAAUGGCUGUGUUCAGCGACUCGUGCCGUGAAUUGCUGCUCCAGUACAGUCCAUGGGAACAAUAUUCUUUCUGCUGUCAACGUAAUAGCACUCCUGCUAAGACAAAGACUUCAAAAACUCAGCAUUCUGAGGAGCAAAAUGAAGAAUAUAAUCAGAUGGAGAGUGGACACACUGAUGAUCGUAUAGAGAAGCUUGUGGCCAUGGCUGCGGAAGACCAGUGUAAACAGCUGUUCCAGGGAUCUCUCUUAUCGCAGCAUCCCUUCUUGCGGGAUCAACAUCCAGCACCUGAUGUCACUGGCCUGGCAUGCAAGAAAAACAAGACUUUAACAUUUUUAGCGGUGGACUCGCUACAUCACAGAGACGUAGCGGAGAAGCUGGGAGUUAACCUGACGGCCAGGGAGCCUCAUGAUACAGCCACUGUCAUCGUUGAUGUCGAGAGAGAGGCUCACUUCAUCAUGGAUGCCAGCUUAUCCAAACUUACAUUAGCUAACUUUAUCAUCAAUUACACUAAUGGUCUCCUAGAGAGAAUUAUGGUGACAGGACAAAAGGAUGCGAAAAGUUGUAAACCUUCCCAAGUAUGCAUCCAGGAAUUGACAUCAGAAAAUUAUUUUCAGCUCACACAGCAAACAGGAAAGAUGGUGGUAGUUCUUCACUAUAGCAGCAACUGUGCAGCCUGUACUACCGUUGGACACGUGUUUAUGACGGUGGCUCAUAUGGCUCGUCACAUUCCAAACUUGACCUUUGCACGUAUUAACGUGCUUACCAACACUCUGCCGUGGCACCUCUUCUUUGACACCCUUCCUUCCAUUAUUGUGCACCCACAUUACAGGAAGGGUGAUAGUAGAGUGUUCGACUCGUCUCGUCCUCUAACUCCAGCCAAUUUAAUGUCGUUUUUAGUGGCAAAUCUUGAUCCCAGCCACCGUCUUGCCCUUGCUCUCUCCACGUGUCACGACCAUUGCCGGGAGCAGGUAGUUCAAGCAGUGACUACUGCAACCACGCAGCUUCACCACGACAUCACGGCCUCCACUGUAAGACUCAAACAUGUCCUGGAUCGCCUUGUGAAAAUAAAAGAUGACUCGUCCCAAAAUAAUUCCCACUUGGAAGUUCAUUAUCAUUUAUUAGUUCACACAAAAAUGCAACUUGUCCAAGAGAUACAGAAGCAGAGAUUCAAACUCCAUCAUCUCAGUCAAGUACAGACAUUGUUACCAUUACCUCCAGAAAAAAAUGAAAUGCUGAAAAAAAGUGAGUUGUUAAAAUCUCUACAAUACAUACUACAGGCAAGCAGUAAUUCCAAAGAUAAAUUCUCAAACCCACGGACACUGCACAAUGAGCUAUAGUGAAAUAGAUCUGUAGUUCAGUACUGGAGUUUUGCUGUGAUAUACAAGCAUGUACAUGGGCACAUGUAUGCAUAUGCACCCCAUUUUGUGAUCAGAGAUUCAUUUACUGUAUUUGUACAUCAUGUAUUUAUAUGCAUACAUGGACAAUUAGUCAUGAGAAUGUGCACAGACACAUACACACACGCAUGCCCGCACAUGCAUGCAUGCAUGUGAUGUGUAUUCAUACAGAAAUGUACAUUGCAAGGCAUUUAUUAAAGUUCCUUAGUAUUGACACCUAGUCAGGUAUAGGGAAUACUGCACUGGUUAUGGAAAUUGACCUGAAAUCAUCUGAGGGUCACCACAAUUGUUGACCUCAACAGGGAGAGGAGCCCUGUGUCUUAUAAUAAUUCCACCCCCCAACCCCCAACUCCUUACCACUGAUAUUAAAAUAAAUUGAAAUAUGGAUAAAAAUAUAAUAUGAAUUUUCUUCUAUUAAAAUAUGAUAAUUCAGUUUGAUCUGGGGGACAGGCAGCCUGUGUGUGUGUACUCACCUAGUUGUACUCGCCUAGUUGUGCUUGCAUUAAGGUCCUCCCCCACCCCCCACCCUUUCCCCAAAGUAGAACUACUGACCCUCCCCAAGAUGCAACCCCUCACCUUGAGCCGACUCCUGAGUACUAUUUACCUCUAGGUGAACAGGCAUUUGGUGAUUGGAAACGUGCCCAACCAUUUCCUGUCUGGGAUUCAAACUCGGAAUUUACAAUUGCAAGUCGAGAACGAUCCCAACUGUAAAUAAGUCACAUUUCUAUUGAUUCACUACAUUUCGUAACAACUUUUAAUUGUUGUUCAUUAUAAACUAUAUAUUUUAUUAAGAUCUAGAAAUCAGGGGAGAUAAGUUAUUUGCAUUUAUUAUGCAUUCUUUGUUUACUGCAGAGCAACACAAAUAUUGAUGUUUGAAACUGUAUUAAAUCGUUUUGACAUUUAUUAUUCUGAACCAAGAGUCUAUAAUAAAUUUAUAAAUAUAUAUAUUUUUUGUCUGGUUAUUGUGUGCAUUGAAUUGAAUACAAUAUUUAGGUGGUGAAUAAUUGAAUUUAGGAUCAUAUAUUUUUGUUGGUUGUGUGAGCCGAGAAGUAUGGGGUCAGUAUUAGAGAAAGUGACAUAUAUUAACUAGUUUACAUAUUUAAAAAAUUACUUAGUGUGAUGAUUUUAUUAAAACUUAACGUUAUUUUGAUGUGUGUACUGUACUUGAUAGUGUUUUUUGCAAGACUGGUGGUUUACCGUGUUGGUACGUCUUUAAGACGUUGGUUUAUAUACAGUGUGUUAGUUGAGUACAGUAGAUGCGUGUGACUCUUGAACACCUGGUGCCUUGUGAAUAUGUUGUGUGUAAUUGUCUAGCCAAUUUCUUUAUACCAGUUCUGCACAUAGUAUUUCUUUUGUUUUUUUCUUGUGUUCUUAUUUUAUAUAUAUAUAUAUAUAUAUA